AUGGCGCCUAUGGAUCCCUCAGGCUCGUGCGAACAACUCCAGGGGCUUCAAGAAUUUCUUGAUAAGCCAUGUCCUUCGGAAGAGAAGCAAGAACAUUACGAAGGUCAAACUAGUUGUAAGACUGAAGAACCAAACAAUCUCAAGCCUGGACACAAAAUGGGCGGACAUUUUAGCAAGGACGAUUCCAAUAUCAAUGUCCAACAUCAAGACAUGGACCAAGAGAUUCGCCAUUUAAAGAAUGAAGCUCAAAAGGCAGAGGCGUUACUUAGGUCACAAAGCGAGAUGAUCCAGGAGUUGCAAGAAUCAUGGAACAAUUGCCAAGAUGAAAUCAAAAUGCUCAAGAAGGAGAAGUUUGACCUACGAAGCAUUAUUUUGAGUAGUAAUGGACCAGAACAAGUCUCUGACGAUGAGAUGAAGAGCUUGUUUGCUACAAUUCGACAGAAAAUCCAAGCCAUCGCUCACAGCAACGCUCUUGACCUUGAACGGAAUGUCGCAUUGCUUUCGGCGCAGAAUGCGAACUGGUAUCGGUUUUACGAAUCUUGGAAUCACAUUUCGCUUACCGACCGCAGUUUGAAGAUGCGCGGGAAAAUAUUUGAAAUACUUUGUGACCAAAUCCUGAAAAAGAAACUGUUCGGUAUCUCCCCAGUCGGGGAUUCUGGUCUUAAGCAAAUUGAACUUUCACUUGAAAAGCUGGAAAAAUUGAUGAGGAAGGAAAAAGUUCCCGACGAUACCAUCACAGACUGGAGGCUCUCUACGAUGAAGGCGAUUGAUGAGACCAAGAUUGCACACACCUGCCCUUGCCCCGCUGCGCAUGGUAUUUGGGCAAUUUUUCAGUGCCUUCUCCGUAAAGAGACCGACUAUUCAGCCACUGACAAGCUUAGCAAUGAGGUCGUUCAGUUAUGCAAAGACGCGUAUUAUCUGCGAAGCAUGAUGAGAGGGUCUAAAGACAGGUAUCGUUGUGAGUUAUUUCGCUCCGGUGCCAAUUUUCAUGACUUUGAAACAUAUUUGGAGGUUUGUGGCGUGGAACACGGAGGUAAUGCAUCCAGCAUUAUUGCGUUUGUAGUCUCUGGAGCUUUGGUGAAGCAGCCUCAGAAUGCCAACGAGCAAGCGAUUGUUCUGGAGCCUGCCCACGUGGUUGUCCGUCAAGCUUAA